AGUGCCGCAGUCGUUGCUCGACCGCCGAGCCUGCGCGUAUGUAUGUAUAUGUGGAUGAAUUUCAACAUAAGAAAACGGAUGGUGUUUGUGUUCUCUGACGAAUAAAUCGGAGCUUGUUUUGUAUACAAAAAAAAUUAAUGAUAACCGGCACAUCGCGUCGCCUAUGAAAAAUUGAAUAACCGACGACUUAAUCGUGCGCAUGAACUAUCGUUCGUCGUUAAUUUAAAAAACAGGUGAAGAUCGCGGGUAAAAACAAAGUAUUCAGUGUUUGUUUUGAUCUCCGAUCUGUUUAUGUUUUGAUCUGUGUUUGUUUCUUUAAUGAGCAAAAGAAUAAAAAAUAAUAUGUGCGUGAAGAUUUCAUUAGUUUGAAAUAAAAACCUCUUCUACUGCGUUCGAUCGCUGCACCGACGAGAUCCAUCCAACGGUCGCAUUAUGCGCCGAUGAUCUCCGGCCGUGAAUCGAUCGACGAGCCGCUCGUUCGUGCACGGGCUGCAGCAGCACAGGGUGCAACAACUGUGCAGGUACCCACGGCAACUUUUUCACACUUCUUUGCAUCGCUGACGAAGUAGCAUACAUCGGAUAUAUUGGAUGAAACCAGUCAUCGGAAUCAACGAGAUGGACUUCGUCAUACUGAAGGUGAACGGCCAGGACGUGUCGAAUUCUAGUCACGAGGACGCAGUGAGGUGCUUCGAGUCGGCCCAGGAGCCGAUACUCGUGGAGGUGCUGCGACGACAACAGUCCUCCUCAUCCACCUCCCACACAACGACGCCGACGACGACGACGGUGUUGGCUCAACACAACGGCAACGGCAACAACAACAUUAGCGGCAGCAGUCCCUCGACCUCGUCGCAGUCGUCCAGCCCCCACGACGAGGGCAACGCCAGCUGCGGUAACAAUUCGAGUUCGCCGGCUCAACAGCAGCAGCAGCAGACUCAACAGAUGGACGAAAACAGCCGAGAAAAUGCCUUUACACUGCUCGUGUCGACGGCUGUGCAGACCGACUGGGCCGGUCUGGUGGACGACGACGAGGACGACGACGAGUUCGGCGUGACGCUCAGGCCGCACGACGCCGACGAGCAGACCAACGACAGCCUCGACGAUAUACUCGCCCACGACAUCGACUUCGAGGAGGUGACGUUACGGAAGGUGGGCAGCGCCGAGAAGCUCGGCCUCACCGUCUGCUACAGCUCCGGCAGCGAGGACGCCGACACCGAGGUCUACAUCUCCGAAAUAGUUCCUGAGAGCCUGGCCGCGCGCGAUGGCCGGCUUCGCGAGGGCGAUCAGAUUCUGCGGAUAAACGGCAAGGACGUCGCGAGCAAGGAACAGACGGAGAAUCUCUUCGCGGAGACGAAAAAUUCCGUGACGAUACUGGUCAGCCGCUGCGUCUACGGGGACGAGGACGAGUUCGAUCGAACGGAGGAGCUGGAGCUUUUGGAUAACAAUACGUCGUCGUCGUCGCCGCUGACGCUGCCACCACCACCACCAGCAGCAACGGCGCAGCAGCAACAAGCCACUACUCCUGCGUAUCAGAACAGCACCAUUGAGCAAUUGAUCAAACAGCAGCAGUUGGAACAGCAGCAGCCGAGGCCGGAGUCGCCGAUACCUCCUGCACCGCCGGUUCACGGCAUUCAGCCACAGCAGCAGGUCAACGGCGGUGGACUGGCUCGCAAGCUCGACGGCCUGAGCUUGCGCGGCGGCGAGGCUUACACGGGCGCGGGUGCCUGGAGCGACACCGAGCACAUCUACGAGACGAUACCCGAGUCCGACAGCGAGCCAAUUUACUCGUCGCCCUACGAGCAUCACAUGCAGCACUUGCAACUCAAAGGACAGCAACUGCUGCAACAACAGCUGCCGCCGACAACAACAACAACAACAACAACAACAACAGCCACACAGGUACGUAACGAUCAUCCGUCGUUGUCGUUGUCGUUGUUGUCUUCGUCGCCGCGCACGAGAACCGCCGCAGCGGAGGAACUAACGUCGGCGAUGAUGUUACUGUGGCAGAACAACGGAGGCAGGCACCACUCCUCCUCCAAGAGCAACAGCUCCGGCGAGGAGAAGGACAGCUCGUCGGCCUACAAUACCGGCGAGUCCUGCAACAGCAAUACCCUCACCCUCGAGCUGCAACAACAGCAGCAGUUCCAGCUUCAGCUUCAGCAGCAGCAGCAGCAGCAACGUCAUCGUGGCAGUACUCUGGUCUUGUGUCCGCCCGGAAGAAAGGCCGCCGACGCAGGGGGUAUUCUGGCUACGAGUACGCCCAAAAUUCAGUGCCACUGCUCGGUGCCCGUUGGACCGCCGCCUACCUUGAAGCCCGUGUCUAACAAGCAGAGCUCACGACGUCAAGCCCAACCACAAGCACAGGCGCAGCCACAAGCACCGGCGGCGCUGAGCACCAGCGGCGUCCUCGCCGCCGAGACCAUGUACACGAACGUGGCGAAUCUCCAGCAGACCAUGCGACUGCAGCAGCAGCUCUUCAAGCAGGCCUUGAACAACAAGCGUCAGUCGAGCAAGUCGACGAAUCUGUUCCAGCAGCCGAACGCGCUGCCGAGCUACACGCGCCGCACGCGCACCAGCUGCAACGCCACGAGCUUCCAGGCGCCCAGUCUGGCGCAGUAUCAGUUCGUGGCGAGCGCGCCCAACAACAGCUGCAGCCUGCCGCAGCAGCACUCGAGGAUGCCGAUGCAGCAGCUACAGCAGCAGCAUCUCCAGCAUCAGCAGCAACAGCAGGAGGAGGUGCAAAUGGAGUGGAAGGUCAAGAGGCGAUCGGACGGCACGAGGUACAUAGCUCGCCGACCCGUGAGAAAUCGCAUACUGAGAAAUCGGGCGCUGCGCAUCAACGAGGAGCGUCAGGGUCAUACCACGGAAGACGACGCCCAGUCCGAGAUAAAGGUCGGCCGAUAUUGGAACAAGGAGGAGCGCAAACGUCAAGCGGAACGAGCGCGCGAGCGCAAGCAACGCCAGCAAGAACUGCUGGCUCAGCAGCAACAGCAGCAGAUGCAACAAACGUCCGAGCAGAUAAUUUGCGAGUUCAUCGAGGACAGCACCAAACCGCAAACCGUAAAAAUGAACGGCAAGCCGCCCGUGCCGAUGAUGACGAACGGCUCGACGACGGAGCAGCAGCACAAGCGUAACGCGAAGAAAAAGAACGGCGAGGACUUCGUCCGAGUGGCCGUCGUCGGUCCUCCGCCGGCGAGCAGUGCCGGCAAACUCAUGGGCCUUUUAUCCGUCACUACGGUUUAAUUCGUUUACGCUAUUUUAUUUCUUCGUUUCUGUACUUCUAAGUCGUCGUCGUUGACUUUCACAGGACACACACAUUAACACGCGUAUAUUCCUUCGUUACGAAAUCCAUAUACGUAAUACUGUCUAUAAUAUAUUUAUACUAAUAACGAUAAGGAAAUAAUAGGUGCCAUGCGAUUCUUCUGUGAGUUAUAACCAACUAAUAUAUCACCAUACGUAAUGACUUUAACGAGUUUAUGUAGUCACGCUAUAUGCAAUACACACAACACACUUACUACCAAGUCGAACGUUAAAUUCUCAUCAAAAGUUCUAUAAGUUGUAGAUAUGUAUUAUAAUAUGGUCGAUCGAUCGUCUCGGGGUUUAAACCUUUUAUUACGAAUAAUAUCUUGUGUUAUUUUUAUUGCAUAUUACUUCGGAAGUACGAUUAUAAUUUUAGUAAAAAGAAAAAAAGAACAGAAAAAUACUAUGUAUAAAUAUUGUAAUUAAAUAUAUAAAUUUAUAUACGUGUUGCUUCAUUCCACUAUAAUUGUCAGCUGUAUAUAAACGAUGCUACAUUAUAUACGCGCGCAAGUGUAAAAAGCAGCUAAUCAAUCAAAUUAUAUAAAAAAUUAGGCCGGAAAAAAUUA